AUGAUUUGCCAUCAGUUUUUCGUUUCAUGCAGAGCCACGAAACAGCAGGCAUGUGUGGAGGAGAACUUGUACAAGGUACUGAGUUUGAGUCCCAUGAGUGCAACCACAGAUGACAUAAAGAAAGCGUACAGAUCAAUGGCUCUUCAGUACCACCCCGACGUGUGCCAUGACAGUUCCAAGAAAGAAGAGUUGACGAGGAUGUUUGUGCAGCUCAACACCGCCUACACCACCUUGUCCAACCCACAACUUCGAGCGGAUUAUGAUUAUGAGUUGGGUUUGAGAAGCAAGAAAAGUGUGGGUGAUGAGAGUUGGAGAUGUAGGUGGCACAAAGGGACGAAUCCUGGGGCUCUAGAGUCAGAGCACGAAACAUGAAUUGAAAUCAAACAUCUCAAUGAACCACUUCAAAAACUCAGAUAGUUUUGGACUAGCUUGUGUUUUUAUUUCGAUGAAUAUCUGUAAUAUGUAGUUCAGUUUUUCAAUACUACAAAUUACGCAGGAUUAGUUCAACUGCAGUGGUUGAUGUAUGUAUAAUAAUUUCUCUAUAGUAAUUCCAUUUUUCUCGCUACUUCCUC